GUGCAAAUCUUGUUUGGUCUGGGUCUGUGAACUAAAGCGUGACUUUAACGACGUAUUAGGGUUAAAAAAAGAGCGAGGGAAAAAAAGUACCAUUAGCACCAGGCAUCAUUUGCAAUCGAAGAGUUCAAAUAUGCGCACAAGAGAAAACAUAAUUAUUUCCUAUCCUCGACACGUUUGAAAAUGCUCCAAGCCAGUCUGGCUCACACCCCUAUGUGCAUGUACUACUGAACUUCAACGUGGGCUACACUGCAUAUGCAUCGUGCAUUAUGCAUUAAAACGUCCUAGUUAAUGAUCUUUACUUUCAGAGUUACCGGUUCAGAGUUGACGAGCGAAAUAAACACAUCGAAGUUACCAUAUUGUUGAUAGCGAUUAUUUUUAAGGACGUACUUUGAAUGGACUGAAGGAUAAAACCAUCAUUAAACCAUGUUCUUCGUUCAUAUCUGGUGGAGAUGUCAGGUGUUAGUCCGAUUACAUGUGGUGGGCAGGAGCGCGGGGAGACCCGUCAUGCGAGCAGUGCAGUGAGGAGAAGGGCUAUAGAGAAGACUGAAGUGGUGGUGAAUGGCAAUCUGUCGCCGAACUUAAGCAAGCUGCUGUCAGCCAGCGACGCGGGAGCGGCGAAAACACACCGGCGCGUCUGGAAGUCUUUUAAACUCGCCAACUCCGCAAAGAGGGACAUAAGUUUGGACGCUGAACUGCUAAUCACUCGUUACCGGCGCUGCGCUCUGGGUAACAUGCCUGCCAUCAAAAAGGAGAGAUUGGAUGGAGAAGACAUGGCAUUAGCCGCCUUCAACCAGUCCGAAUACCUGGCCCCUUUAAAUGCCACCGCUAUCCCCGUGGUGACCCCUCAUCCGCCGCCGUACGACCACAUUUUCGCCCAUCAUCACCGCGCGUACUUGGGGCUUCACGACAGCGCGCUGCAUCAACAGCACCUUCACCAUCACCCGGACGACUUCAUGCUGGAGAGGUUCUCCUCUAUCCCGGACUUUCAGCCGUUUUUCGACAACGGAGAGCCGUGUAUCGAAGUGGAAUGCGGGGAAAACAAGGCACUAUUGUAUAUUAACAAACUGUGCCAGGGCAGCAAAGGGCCCUCCAUCAAAUACCGGGGUGAGUGGCUCACCCCAAACGAGUUCCAGUUUGUUAGUGGAAGAGAGACAGCCAAAGACUGGAAACGAAGUAUAAGGCACAAGGGGAAAAGUCUGAAGACGCUUAUGUCCAAAGGAAUCUUACAGGUACACCCUCCAAUUUGUGACUGCCCCGGCUGUAGAAUUUCAUCUCCCGUGAACCGUGGGCGACUGGCAGAGAAACGCACCAUUCCAUUGCCGCCAACACGGGUGCCCAAAAAGGAGCUGUCCUCCGUUUUUAGCAGUGACGACAGCGAGGGCAGUGAGAGGGCCAGCGGAGAUCAUGCAGACAUCAAACAGGAGGAUCUGCACUACAGUAUCAUGAGAAAGAGUCGUGACAGUGACCUCUCAACGAUCAUCUCCAACCUGCACCACACCCGACAGCACGGCAUGCCCGAGGGCCAGCCUUGCUCCGACCUCAGCCUCGCCUCCGCACACUCAGAUGACAUUCUAGGCAAGAGGAGAGCCUACUCCCCCAACAGCAGCAGCGAGUGCCCAUCUGAGAGCAAGAAGUCCCGCAGUGUGUCUCCAAAAGAGAACUCCCACACGCCAGCGCUGGAGCCGGGCAGUCACAUGACCCCCGAGGAACACUACCGGCGCAUGAUGUCAGCUCUGAACGAGCACGGCUCAUACGAGGAACAGCAGCAGCGCCUCUACCAGCUGGCGAACAACAUGGGUGUCCCUAGUCACGAGCUGCUCCGUGCACGUCAGGAAGCCAUGGCUGCCAUCAGAAACUCGGGAGGGAUGGAGGCCCACAUCCCCUCUGCAGGCAGUUCCUCCAGCCAGCGGCGUAAACAGGGUCUACCACAGCACAGAGACGCACACUUCCCUGAGCGAGACAUAUCGCACCCUCCUCCAUUGCUGUCCCCGCAGAAUGCUCCUCACAUUGCUCUGGGGCAUCACCUGCGUCCCCCGUUUCUGGGCAUGCCUUCUGCCCUCUGCCAAGCCCCAGGCUAUGGGUUCCUGCAGCCCGCUCAGGCAGAGAUGUUCGCCCGUCAACAGGAAAUUCUUCGUAAACAGAACCUUGCUAGGUUUGAAAUGUCUGCUGAGCUGUUAAGGCAGAAGGAGUUGGAGAACCUCCACAGGCAGCGACUGCUGGCGGACCCGCUGUGCCUGCAUCCCGGUCUCUCCGCAGAACAUCCCGCCUUGCGAAGCCUGCAGGAAAUCCCAGAGGGCCACCCGCUCCGAGAAGAGCUCAACCGUCGCAACGCCAUGCUGGUUUUACGCCACAACAACACCCCAUUACUCUCUCUCAACCACCAGGGGGCAGCAGCGGGCACUUCCUCUAAAGACCUUAGCAACAGGAAGAGCUUAAGGAAAGGAGGACCAUUCCGAGGAGACCAACAAGGGGGGUCGUCUGAGACCAAAGAGAUGCUUGGAGAAGGCUUGCGGGAUGAAGAAAUGGACGGGCUAAAUGAUGACAUGAAAGACUCUGAGCAUCAUGCAGAUCCUGGGGAAAACCAGCCAGAGAGGAUUUCCAAAGCGGGCGUUCAUGGUCUUAGUUCGGAGGUGUGCCAGGGCAAAGACGUGACCAAAUCUGGUGAAGGGGUGAAAGAGUUGGGAGAGGGAUCUGGAAGACUUAGCGCUCCAUGUAGCUCUGCCGGGCCAGACUCACCGACCGACCAUUUGUUCACAUCAGGACUGAGCAAAAGUGAGACCAAGUACCUGCCACCAGGAAUUAUUCCACCUUUACCCACGCUGCCCGGCCAAACGCUGCCCUUCGCCUUUCCGUACACCAGCCCUUACUUUCACACAGGCGCCAUGGGAGGUCUAUUCGUGGACGGAGAAGAGACGGGUGCAGCCGAGGACAUCAGCAAAUGGAGUGUGGAGGAGGUGUGCAGCUUCAUCAGCAGCCUAGCAGGCUGUGGGGAGUACACACAGGUGUUCAGAGAGCAGGCCAUUGACGGUGAGACCCUGCCACUACUGACGGAAGACCACUUACUGAACAAUAUGGGCCUGAAACUGGGGCCUGCUCUCAAAAUCCGCUCUCAGGUGGCGCGACGGAUUGGCAGAAUAAUCUACAUGACCAGCUUCCCGCUGGCCCUCCCACUGCCACCAUCUGCUCUGCGCCCCACAGACAGAGACCCCCUGCCCGCCGAGACCCGCCCUCCUUCCUCCGGCAGCACUUCCUCCCCAUUCAGCGUUCCCCCUCCAGCCUGCCGCGCCUCCCCCAAGCAGGAGAACGGAAACCCCUCGUCAGCGGGAGCUUACGACUCCACUAAACCUCCCUCGUAGAAUCGGCCAUUAAAACUCUUGACUGCUUCUCCAUAUGGCAGAGGCAGCGCUCCAGGGAGGAGGUAAAGAUGGAGAGAGGGCAUGAAGGGGGCCCUCUUUGAACUAUUCUUUCCUUCCUCUUACACCCCUCAUCCCCUCACACCCCCUCCCAAAAUAAAAAACAAACUUGAGGACCUUGAUGCAGAGGCACUUAAUCUUUGUAAGAAAAGUGUGGAGAAAUGUGUCGGAAGAGAGACGUUGAAAUACUGCCUGAAACAGCUCCACCCUGAGCAGGGGUUUGCGAGGGAGCCAAAAAAUCCAAAGAUGUGCAAAUAGGGACUUGGGGACGAGACAGGAAGCGUUCGAUUGUGCGAAAGAAGACAGCUGCUCUUAAACAGCACGCCAGAAGGAAGGAGGAAAAGAGCUAGCGUGCGAGGUACACGUAUGACAUUCUUUUGCGGCAGACGUCGUAGUUGAGCAUCCCUCGCCGAGAUGAACUCUUGUGGUACCUGCAGUCUCAGCAUGGGAAAACUUUGAAAGACAAUUUCUUUUCCUGCUUUCGCAACGCCGCCUCCAACUUCCAGUCGUCUCAAAUUCUCUGGAGUUUGUUUCGAGAGACUGAAUCCCCCAAAGAGGAGUAAAUACAAGAACAGGAUGGAACUCAUUUGCUGUCUUGACCAGUGCAACUAUGCAUUCCACAGUCCAAAACCAAAGACGGAUGGAUGUGGAAUUUUCAACCGAGAUCGAAUGUUGAUCUCAUCCAGUGGUGAAAACAAGGUACACGCAUACAGGACCCUGUGGUGGAAGGAUCGGAAAUGACCUCAGAAAGAUGGAAAGCACUUAAAACCUCCUGUGACCAAAAGCCAUCAGCCAAAGCAAUGGCCCAACCUCUCACCUGACAAACGUCUGGGCCCAUUUCAGUUUCACUAAACCUGAAUACAAAAAGAGGAGCAUAUGUUAAUCCAUUCAUGGAUUUAUGCCAUUGUGAGGUCACAAUAACUGCUGUGGAAAUGACACGUUGUCGUGAAUUGUACAGAAACAUGCUCAAGAUGAGAAUAUACUGAAGAUAAGUGGUACGUUUUGUUAAAUGUAGUUGCACGAGUUUAAAUCUUUAUUAAUGAACAAAAUGUGACACGGUGGUACUUUUGUUCAACUUUUCUGUUUGCUGUGUAUACCAGUUGUAAUAAUCAUACGCCCCUGAUCUUUAAUGCCACUUCAGCAUAUAAACGAGGAAAAUAAUAUUUAUAGGAAUUUUUUUUGCGCGACAAAAUAUUAAAUCGCCCUUAAAUUGAUCCCAAAGAACAACACUUUCCUCUUUGUUGCAGGGAAACAGAAGGCACAAUGCUCUUUAUGCAAAUCUUUGAAAUUGUUUUUUUUCUUUUUAAAUAUGUAAGCAAUUAAUUCAAAUCAGCUCUAGAUUUCCCAUCAACGUUUUUGUCUCCAUCCUAUUUUUCUAUUCUCUGCUGGGUGAAAUAAAUCCUAUUGAAAAACA